CCGAGAAGAUGAAUCGGAGUUUUAAUAAAUCUCAGACUCUGCGGUAUUUCGAUUGCAGCGCGGUGGAAGUGAAGAGUAAGUUUGGGGCAGAAUUCCGAAGAUUCUCUCUGGAUCGUUACAAGCCAGGAAAGUUUGAAGACUUCUACAAGCUCGUUCUUCACAUCCACCACAUAUCCAGCAUGGAGGUGAUGAUUGGAUAUGCUGAUGUUCAUGGGGACCUUCUUCCUAUUAAUAAUGAUGAUAACUUCUUCAAGGCUGUUUCGAGUGCAAACCCGCUGCUCAGGGUUUUUAUACAAAGACAAGAUGAAGUGGACUAUAGUAACUUUGGGGCCAACACACUAACCAGGAAAAAGAAGGCUCUGGUGACCCUCCGCAACGACAACCUUCGCAGGCGUCCCCACAUUAAUAUCAGCAUGCCUCAGGAUUUUAGACCAGUGUCUUCCAUCAUUGAUGUGGACAUUCUUCCUGAAACACACAGAAGAGUGAGGCUCUAUCGACAUGGGUAUGAGAAACCAUUAGGAUUUUACAUCCGCGAUGGGACCAGUAUGAGAGUAACUCCUCAUGGACUGGAACGAGUACCUGGUAUUUUCAUCUCUCGUAUGGUUCCUGGCGGCUUAGCAGAGAGCACAGGAUUGCUGGCUGUUAAUGAUGAGGUCCUGGAAGUUAAUGGCAUUGAAGUGGCUGGAAAAACCCUUGACCAAGUAACGGACAUGAUGAUCGCCAACAGCCACAAUCUUAUUAUCACUGUCAAGCCAGCAAACCAAAGGAACAAUUAUAGCCGAAGCAGUAGGAUGUCUGGCAGCUCAGGCCAGUCUACAGAUAGCACAGCUAGUCACCACAGCUUGCCUUCCUCACACGUGCUGCAAAACUUCCAUCCUGAUGAGAUGGAAAGUGAUGAGGAAGCUGACAUUGUCAUUGAGGGUGGUCUGGACCCACAGCACAUUCCCAAACUGCACAGCUUCCCCUCUAGUAGCCUCUCCCGAAUCAAUGGCAGCAGUCUUAGCCACAGACUUCAGAGAGACCUGGCUCUCAACAGUAACUCUGGCAGAGAAAGCAACGGCAACAUCCACAAAAUACUAAGCUCCUUAAAAACUGAUCCCCGACAUAGUUUGGUUAUCCCCAGAGGAGGCAUUGAAGAGGAUGGAACCGUGAUUACACUUUAG